GCGCUCGCGCGCGCGCGCGCACUCGCGUUGCUGCUCCGAGCGAACUUUUCACUGUGAAGUCAGUGGACCUGGGGCGCGGACGCCAGACUGGCGAGAGCGGAGCAGCGGAAAAGUUUUCGCCUCCAAACUGAAGGACUUAACAUCUUCGUGACUUUAUUUUCUUUGGCUGGGGAAAUGAGUUAAAAUGGCAUGGUUGGGCAUUCGCCUCCUCAUUUGAAACGUUUUUACUGCAAAGACCGUAAACCUCGCUUCACUUCAGGCUCAUCGUUAUGGCAGCGCCGAAGAGCCGGGUUCGCUGUCCCGCCGCGAGGAGCCUCGUCCUCGCGCCGUUGCUGCUGAUGACGUUCCAGCCGGGCUGUGCUCAGUACCACGGAGAGAAGGGCAUCUCCAUCCCCGAGCAUGGCUUCUGCCAGCCCAUUUCCAUCCCGCUGUGCACGGACAUCGCCUACAACCAGACCAUCAUGCCGAACCUGCUGGGCCACACGAACCAGGAGGACGCGGGGCUGGAGGUGCACCAGUUCUACCCGCUCGUGAAGGUGCAGUGCUCCGCCGACCUCAAGUUCUUCCUGUGCUCCAUGUACGCGCCCGUGUGCACCGUGCUGGAGCAGGCGAUCCCGCCCUGCCGCUCCUUGUGCGAGCGCGCCAGGCAGGGGUGCGAGGCGCUCAUGAACAAGUUCGGUUUCCAGUGGCCCGAGCGGCUCCGCUGCGAGAACUUUCCGGUCCACGGCGCGGGCGAGAUCUGCGUGGGUCAGAACACGUCGGACACGGGCGGCCCCACCUCUCACCCGACCCCGUACGUGCCCGAGCUGGUCACCCUGGCGCCCAACGUCGCCCGGACCGGCCAGCAGUUCUCGUGCCCACUGCAGCUGGAGGUGCCCUCCUACCUCAAUUAUUACUUCAUGGGGGUGAAGGACUGCGGGGCCCCUUGCGAGCCCCAGAAGAUCAACGGCCUCAUGUACUUCCGAGAAGAAGAGGUGAAGUUCGGCCGCCUGUGGGUGGGGAUCUGGUCCAUCCUGUGCUGCGUGAGCACCCUGUUCACGGUGCUCACCUACUUGGUGGACAUGCGGCGGUUCCGAUACCCGGAGCGACCCAUCAUCUUCCUCUCUGGGUGCUACUUCAUGGUGGCGGUAGCCUACGCGACAGGCUUCUUCCUGGAGGACAAGGUGGUCUGCAUCGAUAGGUUCAAAGAUGAUGGCUACAAGAUGGUGGCCCAGGGCACCAAGAAGGAGGGGUGCACCAUCCUCUUCAUGAUCCUCUACUUCUUUGGCAUGGCCAGCUCCAUCUGGUGGGUCAUCCUGUCCCUCACCUGGUUCCUGUCUGCCGGCAUGAAGUGGGGGCACGAAGCCAUCGAGGCCAACUCGCAGUACUUUCACCUUGCUGCCUGGGCAGUGCCAGCUGUUAAGACCAUAACCAUCCUGGCCAUGGGGCAGGUGGACGGGGACAUCCUCACAGGUGUGUGCUAUGUGGGCAUCCACAGCGUGGACUCGUUGCGUGGCUUUGUCCUCGCGCCCCUCUUCGUGUAUCUCUUCAUAGGAACCUCCUUCCUCCUGGCUGGCUUUGUGUCCCUGUUCCGGAUCCGCACCAUCAUGAAGCAUGACGGCACCAAGACGGAGAAGCUGGAGAAGCUGAUGGUCCGCAUCGGUGUGUUCAGCGUGCUCUACACAGUGCCAGCCACCAUCGUGAUCGCCUGCUACUUCUAUGAGCAGGCCUUCCGCGAGCAGUGGGAGAAGACCUGGCACAUGCAGACGUGCAAGCGCUUCGCCGUGCCGUGCCCGAUGAAUAACUUCGCCCCCAUGACGCCCGAUUUCACCGUGUUCAUGAUUAAGUACCUGAUGACCAUGAUCGUGGGCAUCACCUCGGGCUUCUGGAUAUGGUCUGGGAAAACGUUGCAAUCGUGGCGCCGCUUCUACAAAAGGCUGAGCAGCAGCAACCAGGGAGAGACGACUGUAUGACGUUUUCAUGAAGGAGAUUCUCAAGCGACACUGAAGGAGACGUGAUGGAGAGGUGUCCCCAAGCUCAGACUGGUACCGUUCACCUGGUUCAUCUAACCUACCUGCACACUUUGAAGCCCUAUCACCUUUGAAGGUUGUCAUAGAGCAACUCUUCUGGGGUUUUUUUUAUUUUUAAACUGUGUGUUUUUAAAACUGAUGCUUAUAUAAUAAGAGCAAAUGGGAGACAGACAACUAAAUGGCAAUGAAAUCAAUGAUACACAUGCUUAUUUUCUCAAAUAUUGUAUAUUAAGACGUUUCUGAAAUAGCAUAUGUGCCAUAUUUAGAAAGAAUUGUCCCAUGAAUGAGAACUUGCUGCUGACAUUUCUAUAUAAAGUGAUGUUGACACAUGUAUUAAAUUGAUCAAAUGAAUGUUCAAUGAAGGGCUUUCCUCUUAUGACUUCUGUCAAAGUAUUUCUUUAAUUUUUUUGUAACAUUGACUGACUGAACUCUAUAUGCAUUCUGACAUU